GUUCUCUCUUCCAGCUCCUUCUUCCAGGUCUUUAGGCUGUUUACGAGUAAAGGAGUCUCUUGCUCAGACUCGCAGUUGGACAGCGGCAGCGACAGGGACAGCUGCAAACCAGAGUGGACAGAGAAAAACAGAGACUCCAGCUAUAGCCCAGGAAUAAUUGACUUACUUGGAAUUGCUUCUCCGCUAACUUCUGUUCGCUGCUGGUGAUUAAGGCGCCCGCCAGACUAAACAAGUACAUCAACUGUGUGGCUUGCUGAAGAUGUUCGAACCAGUGACUUCGUCUGAGAGGGGAGAACUCCCAGUUUAAGCUGCCCCAUCUCUCCAUCGCCCUAACUCUCUAGAAGUGAGAAGAGGACAAAAACAAGGAAGAGGGAAGGGGGAGGCCCGUACCUCACACUCCUGCCCAGCUCACCACCUCCGCGGUAUGGAUGGAUUCACACACAGCAGCCCCCUACCCCAUGGUCACGCUGACUUUAACAACCAGAGCAACAACACUACCUCCAGUGACUCGCCCUAUGAUAGGGACAAUAGUACUGAUUUCUCAGACGUGACCUUCGGCUACCAGGUAGUCACCUCGGUGCUGCUCGGCUCCCUGAUCCUCUGCGCGGUGAUAGGCAAUGCCUGUGUGGUGGCCGCAAUUGUCCUGGAGCGCUCCCUGCAGAACGUGGCUAACUAUCUCAUCGGCUCUCUGGCCGUCACCGACCUGAUGGUUUCCGUGCUAGUUUUGCCCAUGGCUGCUCUCUACCAGGUCCUCAACAAGUGGACCCUGGGCCAGGUGACCUGCGAUAUUUUUAUCUCCCUGGAUGUACUCUGCUGCACGUCGUCCAUCCUGCAUUUGUGUGCCAUUGCCCUGGACAGGUACUGGGCCAUCACCGACCCCAUUGACUAUGUAAAUAAGAGGACCCCCCGGAGAGCUGCCGUCCUUAUCAGCCUCACUUGGCUCAUAGGCUUUCUGAUUUCCAUCCCACCCAUGUUGGGUUGGCGGACCCCAGAAGACCGCUCGAACCCCGACGCUUGCACCAUCAGCAAAGACCACGGCUAUACCAUUUACUCCACAUUUGGCGCCUUCUACAUCCCCCUCCUGCUGAUGCUCGUGCUGUACGGGCGGAUCUUCAAAGCUGCCCGGUUUCGAAUCCGUAAGACAGUCAAGAAGGCAGAGAAGUCCGGGGACAGCUGCUUCAGCACUUCCCCGGCUCCCCCACCCAAAAAAAGCAUCAAUGGGGAACCCAGGGGCAAGAACUGGAGGCGCGGGGCGGAGCCCAAGACUGUGGGGGCGCCCUGCGUCAAUGGGGCUGUGAGGCAGGGUGAGGAUCGCGCCGCCCUGGAGGUAAUUGAGAUCCACCACUAUAGCAACUCCAAGGAGCACCUAACGCUCCCCAGUGACGCUGGUGGAGUCCCCAGCACCACCUCCUUCGAGAAGAAGAACGAAAGGAAUGCAGAAGCCAAGAGAAAGAUGGCCUUGGCCCGGGAGAGGAAGACUGUCAAGACGUUGGGCAUCAUAAUGGGUACAUUUAUCCUCUGUUGGCUACCAUUCUUCAUCGUGGCCCUGGUCCUGCCCUUCUGCGAGAGUAGCUGCCACAUGCCCGACUCGCUGGGUGCGAUAAUCAACUGGCUCGGUUACUCCAAUUCCCUGCUCAACCCUGUCAUCUAUGCCUACUUCAACAAAGAUUUCCAAAGUGCUUUCAAGAAGAUCGUCAGGUGCAAAUUCUGCCGGCAGUGAUACCUUGCGGGCUGGUUGCAGGUUGCACAAUCCGACCCCUCUCCAUGCUCACCUUCACCUUCACCUCACUUCCUGAUAAGCCACUCACUAUUAAAUUCAGCUUGCCUCUUUUCUCCUAAACCUCCAUGUCGCCACUGCCUCUGCCUUUGGGGUUCCAGUCCUCUUUAGUCAAUGCAACCCAAUGCUAGAGGGAAAGGAGGAUUAUUUGCACGUAACGGAGGCGCAAUGGAGGAAAGAGGGUCGAGAUUGGGGACGAGCGCUCCUCACCAAUGAAGUUUAUUUGGGGAACAAAGUUGGUUACGACUUUCUCCCUUGCACAUAACUGAGACUCCCUAAAUCUGGGCAGUCGCCAAGUUCUUGAUCAGUUUCCUUUCUCCCAGGACAGAACUGAAAACAAAGCUGCCACCCACAGUCGUCAGUCAUAGCGGGGUUGCGCUGGGUGUUAUUGAGUUCAAGAACUUUAAGUUGCGGGGUACCUAGUCUGUUUAUUCCCUUCACGCUCUGCCUGCACCAAGCCUAAGUCAUUCCGCUGGCCUUGUCUCCUUCCAUUCCCAUCCACUUUCUUUCUCCUCCAGGUGUACUAAAAUUAGCAAGGCUGCAGGGCUUUCAGAAAACUUUGCUAGUUGUGGAAACCGAAUUUCUAGCAUUCCCCAGAGUGAAGAAAAGCAGCCUAUGCAUAACACCUGCUUGUUUUGCUUUCCCUGACCAUCUCCUCCAACCUAGGGGAGAGUGGAAAGAUUACAGAAGAAAAUUAGCCGUGAAAGGAAGUCUGUAAGUAUUGGAGGCCUCCUCGAAAGGGGCUGGAGAGCUUUGGGGGUACUGGGAAAGUUUGCAUCGGGCUGGGGAUAUGAAGCAGCCUCGGUAUUUUGCCUCACCAAAAAAGGAGGGAGCUUCCGAUGGACAAAAAGUCAUUUAUCAGAAUCUCUUAACAAUUUGCUUCUCAACUUCUGUACAGUGGGAAGCACCAGCUGUUCCAUCACAAGCCACUGAUAACCAGAAAAUCAAUACAACACUGUAGAUAAUAACACCCCAGCCCUGACCUCUGCUAGGGGCCAAGGAGACUGAUCUCUCGAACUCCUCAGAUAGAGUCAAAUUGCCUCCUUCUCUCCUGUAUAAGUCUCCCUCCACGGAUGCAUGGGGACAUGCAUGCUUUUAUUAGAGAGCAGGAACAACUUUUAGGGCUUUCCAAGGACCACUGCACUGUUUGACUGUUAAUGUCUGAAAGUCCCAGCCUGCAAUUUUGGUGUUUAAGUAAAGGAAACCACGGAGAGUAAGUAGCUAAGGCUGUUGGAGAGGGAAUGAUGCAUUCUUUGCUCUGAGAGCCACUGGUGACCAAGACUAAACAGAGGGGGCAGAGAGGGGGGCGGGGUCUCCCUGGGUCUUGAGUACGCUGGUUCUUGUUAAACUGACAAGCUCAUCUAACAACCAAACAUGCAGGUUCUGAAGGUAUCUUCUCGUUUUCUGGAAAAUUAACAGACUUGGGCUUCAGCCCUCAUGAAAACAGCAAUCUACUCCCAAUGAGAUACUGUUUGUCUUUCCCGCCCACUCCUCCUCCCCCUAUCCCCAGUGGUGGGAAUAUCCAGGUUUCAAAUCUGGGAAUAUAGAGCUCUAUCUUGCAAAAUGGCACGAAAAGACAUCUCUUUGUGGCCUCAGUGGAACAUCUUAAAUCUCAUAGGGGCUGCUGGGAUCUGUUAGGCAGAUUCCACCGCAUUGUGCCUCUGAAUGUUGUUAUAUACAGGGUAUGUUACCUGAUCCAGGGUGGGUCCCAUAUCUAACAGGACUGCAGGUUUUGCACGAAUGCGGUUGUUGGAUUAGUGGAAGUCUUUGGACAAAGGAGCUUCGGUCCCCUACGGCAAUUAUUCUUCCAGUUGCUACACCCCUAUCCCUGUUGAGAGACCUGUUGUAAUCUCUCCUGCCCAAGCCAAUGAAAUGUUAUACCCUUGUGCUACAGGUGGAUGCAUAUUUUCAAUCAUUUGACACCGAUUAGCUUAACUGACACUGAGAUGUACCAAUUUACAUCCAGCCUCCCAAUUUUCAUUAGGACUAGCUAUUUAAAUUCACAGUGUUGGUAGAGAAUUAUUGAUCUUUAUUCUCUUUCCUUCCCCUCCUUUCCCCCAACCCCCCCUUUUCCCCCUUAACUGAGUUUUACCUUUUGGGGUGUUUUGAGCAUAUUGUUUUGAGAACAGUGUUGUAUUUUCAAGUUGCAGAAGUUGUCAAAGAAAGUGCACUUGUCUAAGUAUUCAAAGAAUUGAAAAAGCAGCCCUAUUAUCAAAUUCCAGUUGACAAACCCACAAAACGGUUCUGCGGUUUAACCUAUAAAAUAAAUGAAGAGCAUCUUCUGUGAAAAGGGGGGAGGCCUGAGCAUAUGAACUUGGAGAGAUUGAGUUUUAACUCUCUAGGUAAUUAUGAAUUGUAUCAGUAUGUUUCAGUAGCAAAGAGGGAGAGGCAGCCUGGAGGGUGAGGGAGGAGAAGAAUAGAAAUGUCCAGUCCAACUUUUAUUAAUUUGGAAAGUUUAAUUUCAUUAUUUAGUCACCAUGAAUGAAAGAGAAUUAGAUGGGAGGAUAACCUCAACAAUCCCUCCCCUUCUAUUGCUGUUGGUUUUCAUAAAAUUCAUGGUAAAAAUGUCUUCAAAUCAAUCAUAGGUUAAUGUGUGGACUGGGAAGGAUUUUGGAGAUUAUCUAGUUUAACCCCUUCAUUUUACAGGUGAACAAACUUAAGCAAGUAGAUUUCAGUGACUUGCCCAAGGUCACAUGCCCUAAUUGGGUAGAACCACACCUGGAGCCCAGGCCAUUUGCCUCGUAGUUCCAAUACUUGAAUAAUUAAAAAUCAAACCCUUUUCCCCCCAUAGAAAUAAAACCUGUACUAAUAUUUCUCCCACACAUAUUGAAGCUUAGUUCCUGAAACUGAGUACUAGAAUUGGAGAAGUUUGGUUUUAUUUUUGGAAAGUUUUUUUUCUCCCACUUCUUAACAUUCAUAAGAAGGUAAAAAUAAAACACAAUUGUUAAGGGCUGCACAAAUCCAAUAGCAUUUGGUUUUGAAGAAUAUAGUGGGUUGAACAUAAAAAUCAUAUUAUUAUUGAUAAAAAUAAACAGGUUAUAACUCUUAAGAGCACUGGAAUUUUUUGUGACUGUAUUCAGGUAAAGUAUUUCUGCAUUAAA